UUGUUUUUCUCACACUUGUGCCUCGCGCUCUUCUUUCUCUCCGCAGGUGCUUUUCUCUUUUUCUCUCAGUUUUUUGUUUUUCUCGGAUUUUCUUCGGAGACUCUUCGGUGUUUGUCCGACAUGCCCAAGUGUCCGAACUGCGGGAAGGAGGUCUACUUCGCGGAGAAGGUGACGUCUCUGGGGAAGGACUGGCACAGGCCUUGUCUAAAGUGUGACAAGUGUGGAAAGACUCUGUCCUCGGGCUCACACGCAGAGCACGAGGGGAAACCGUACUGUCACAAACCCUGCUACGCCGCCAUGUUCGGACCGAAAGGUUUCGGUCGCGGUGGAACCGAGAGUCACACUUACAAAUAAAUCCAGGUUUUUGUUUCCUGUGUCAAAAACUGCACCAGAUUCGAUGGAAGUUUUGAUCAUUUUAACUUCACCAGUUUAAUUUUUACUGCUUUAUUUUGACAUGGAUUUUAUCAAUAAACAUGUUUGUAAUUAUGA